GCCCUUGCUUUGUCGGCUCAGCCAUCAGCUGUGGAAAGCUCUAGUCGUGUUCUAUAUAAGCACCGUGAAAUCAUUUGUUUGAAGCAUUGGGACAAAUUUCAUCUCACGAUGUUGAAGCUCGCUCUGAUCACGCUUUGCGCAGUGUUUAGCCUUACUGAGGGAUGUGGUAAUCGCUACAAUAGCCGUAUUGUGGGCGGUACCACCGCGCAGCGGGGAGCAUGGCCGUGGCAGGCGAUGUUACGGUAUUACAACGGUAACCAUUUCUGUGGCGGGACCCUCGUCCACCCUCGCUGGGUCGUCACGGCUUCCCACUGCGUGCACAAGCUUACAACUGGGGAUUUAUACGUCAGAAUGGGCGCUCACUGGAAGGACCGCAAAACCGGAAGCGAACAAGACUUCCGGAUACAACGCAUAUUCAUGCACCCGAACUACCACAGUCCCGUGGAAUACGCCAACGAUAUCGCCCUCCUACUUCUUGACAGACCCGCCCGACUGGACCGCUACACAAACCUGGCGUGUCUCGCUCCCCGAUCCAGUCCCCUCCCCGAUGGGACACGAUGCUGGAUCAGUGGGUGGGGCAGAUUGAGCAGCGGGGGUGCUAGCCCUAAUGUGCUUAUGCAGGCCCAGGUCCCGUUGGUCUCCGGACAAACGUGCUCUCAGGCGUACCCAGGAAGGACGCAUUACUCUAUGCUCUGCGCGGGACUUAGACAUGGUGGAGUAGACGCUUGCCAAGGUGAUUCCGGGGGUCCUAUCGUGUGCCAGAGGGAAGGGCGGUGGCACCUGGAGGGCGCCACUAGCUGGGGUGACGGAUGCGCGUGGGCCAACAAGUACGGAGUUUACGCCAAGAUCACCUAUUUAAGGGACUGGCUCGAUAAUAUCAUGAACAGCUAUUAAACGACGGUGUUCUAGUCAAGAAAGCAAUCGAAAAAAAAAAAUGUUCUUUCAAAACUGAUCCUUCAAAACACAAUAAAACAAAGCAUUACAUAA